AGUGGACAGAACAACAGGGCAGUGCAAAGUACCCCUACCACUUCUCUACCACUGUCCCUCCUUCACGGAAAAGAAAAUGUCCCCGGUAGUCAUGAUGGUGGCCGUCCUCCUUGUGAGCAUCAGCACAACCACAACACAAGCGCAGAACAUCGCAUCUUGUGCCCAGAAGCUAAUCCCAUGCGGCGAGUACCUCAACACCACAACCACCCCUCCAGAGACCUGCUGUGGCUCCAUCAGAGAAGCCAUCAAAAACGAUCUUUCCUGCCUUUGCAACCUCUACAACACUCCUGGUUUGCUUCAAAGCAUUAACGUCAAUGUCAGUCAGGCCAUCGCGCUCACCAAGCGAUGCGGUGUUAACGCUGAUCUCACUGCUUGCAACAAAGCUGAGUCGCCUACCGCCCCGAAUGCUGCCGUUCCACCGCCCCCUGGUAAAAUUUUGCUCCUAUGGCUUGAAAAGAACGCUCUUUCUCGAAUCAAUUUCAUUUUGUUCCAUUUGUUUUUGGAUCCUAAAAGCAUUUGUAAACUGAAGGGUUGUAAAGAUGUUCAGGAUGAUGCCUGCCUGGCGUGCUCCUGUCCUUGGCUCCUUGCUGCUUUCGGUGCCACAUUUUUUUUGACUUUCAUAAUAGAUGGCCAACAAACACAUUUUUAACCAAGGCAGUUAACAUUUGUCCCCAUAUAAUUGUCUGUAGUUCUGAUUUCUCAGGGCCAUGCAAAACCCAAAAAAGCUAGUAAUUUAUGAUGCAUCUAUUAAAAAAAAAAAGGGUACAUUGAGUGGAUAUUAUUUAGUUAUUGGAAUGACCCUUUUGGUGUUCCUGGGAUAAAGUUUAAUGUGUUAGGCAUGCCUUUUUCUCUGAAAUGAUUCGUGUUGAUCUUGAAUAAUAACUCAAAAAUGGCAUGGCAUUUAUUGUAAUGUUUGUACAGGAGUGCCGGGAAAUGAUGGCAGCAGAAUGGCGUGGACAGGAUUUUCCGGCUUGCUUUUAUUAUGGGCUUCUUCUUUAUUUUAUUAGGCGACCAU